AUGACAGGCUCUAAGGCCGCAGAAAACGGCGAGCGCAUGAAUGGCAAUGGCGUGGCGAUGGCACCAACGGCUGGGGAAGGCGCAUCUGCUGAUAGGAAUGGUCACUGUGACCACGUUGACUCCGUUGACUGCCUUGACUUGGUUGACCAGGGUGACAGAGGGAAGGAGCCAGCUGUCAUGUCGGUCACGUCCAUGAUGCUGGAUGCUCAGGCUGACUUGCUUGACUCCCUUGAACGCCCCGAGAUACUGAGUAUCAUCGAUGGUGUCACACAACCGCCAAUGGAGCGACCCAAGGUGGUGGUGGAGCUGGGCGCAGGUAUUGGCCGCUUCACUGCUGACCUGGCAUGCAGGGCCACGUGGCUCACUGCACUUGACUUCCUGCCGCACGCCCUUGCUGCGAACGUGCAAGCGCAUGCAUGUCAGCACCCCAACGUGGACUUCGUCUGUGCUGACGUGGCAGACGCCACGUCAGGCGCCCUGCUCACGCGGCUGGCGCCUGACCUGGUGUUCUCCAAUUGGCUGCUCAUGUAUCUCUCGGACUCUGAGGUGCACGCAUUGGCGAGGGUUCUGCUCCGUGCCCUGCCCCCUGGAGGCCUCUUCUUUUUCCGCGAGUCGUGCCUGGAGCAGUCUGGCAGCCAGCAGCGCCGCUCCAACCCCACCCACUACCGCCACCCGCUCUUCUACUGCCAGGCCUUCGCUGAAGCUCAUCGUUCAGUCCACCAGAUCCAGAGCCAGCAGCAGCAGCAGCAGCAGCAGCAGCAGCAGCAGCAGCAGCAGCAGCAGCAGCAGCAGCAGCAGCAGCAGCAGCAGCAGCAGCAGCAGCAGCAGCAGCAGCAGCAGCAGCAGCAGCAGCAGCAGCAGCAGCAGCAGCAGCAGCAGCAGCAGCAGCAGCAGCAGCAGCAGCAGCAGCAGCAGCAGCAGCAGCAGCAGCAGCAGCAGCAGCAGCAGCAGCAGCAGCAGCAGCAGCAGCAGCAGCAGCAGCAGCAGCAGCAGCAGCAGCAGCAGCAGCAGCAGCAGCAGCAGCAGCAGCAGCAGCAGCAGCAGCAGCAGCAGCAGCAGCAGCAGCAGCAGCAGCAGCAGCAGCAGCAGCAGCAGCAGCAGCAGCAGCAGCAGCAGCAGCAGCAGCAGCAGCAGCAGCAGCAGCAGCAGCAGCAGCAGCAGCAGCAGCAGCAGCAGCAGCAGCAGCAGCAGCAGCAGCAGCAGCAGCAGCAGCAGCAGCAGCAGCAGCAGCAGCAGCAGCAGCAGCAGCAGCAGCAGCAGCAGCAGCAGCAGCAGCAGCAGCAGCAGCAGCAGCAGCAGCAGCAGCAGCAGCAGCAGCAGCAGCAGCAGCAGCAGCAGCAGCAGCAGCAGCAGCAGCAGCAGCAGCAGCAGCAGCAGCAGCAGCAGCAGUAUGCGGAGCAGGAGCAUGGAGGGGAGUGGAGGUUCAGGCUGCGGGAGAUGAGGAGCGUAGCAGCAUACUCUCGCGUGAAAGGGUGCCAGACGCAGGUGUGCUGGGUGUGGCAGAAGGUGCAGGACACCGCACAGAGCAAGAGGCUGGAGCACAAGGGAACACAGGAGGGGGGAGGGAGAAAGGAGAGCGAGAAAAGCGAAGGGAAGGAGGCAAACAAGGAGAGAGAGGAGAGCGAGAAGCAGCAGUACAGCCUGGAGGGCAUUCUGCGCUACGAGCACAUCUACGGACGUGGCUUCGUCAGCACUGGUGGUCGAGGUGAGUCAAUGGGAGUCAACAGGAGUCAAUGGGGGUCAACGAGAGUCAAGGAGGCACAGCAGUACAGCCUGGAGGGAAUUCUGCUGCGCUACGAGCACAUCUACGGGCGUGGCUUCGUCAGCACUGGUGGUCGAGAAUCUACGCGUGCUCUUCUCCUGCUCCUCUCGCUGUCCCACAAGCACCAUGUGCUGGCCGUGGGGUGUAGGCACAUCGACGCUCGCUCUCCUGCCGCUGCUCUCACUGUCCCCCAAGCACCGGGUGCUGGAUGUGGAGUGUGGGCUGGAUGGGAGCGCUCUGCUCAUGGCUGGGACCCCUCAAAAAUAGACUCACUUCCCCCGCUAUCACACCCUCCCGACCCCACCUCCCUGCCACUCAUCCCAGAGUCAACACUCGCUCUCCUGCCGCUCCUCUCGCUCUCCCCCAAGCAUCGCGUGCUGGAUGUGGGGUGUGGGCUGGGGGGCAGCGCGCUGCUCAUGGCUGAGACGUAUGGCGCUAGCGUGCAUGCCCUCGACCUCUCUCCUACCAUGAUCUCUCUUGCCAUUGAGAGAUCCCGCAGCAUUCGCACUGCAGAUGCCACGUCAGCACCGACAUCCACGUCAGCAUCCGUGCCCGUGUUGCAGUUUGAAGUGGCUGACUGCCUGACCAGAGACUUCCCAGAUGCUUCCUUUGACUGCAUCUACACCCGCGACACCCUGCUGCACAUCCAGGACAAACCAUUUCUGUUCGCCAGAUUCCACCGCUGGCUGAAACCGGGCGGCAGAGUAAUGAUCACGGACUACUGUAGCGGAAAGGACAAGCCCGAGGAGUGGUCGGAGGAGUUCGGGGGUUACGUGGCACAACGCGGUUACCACCUGGUCACUGUCAGGCGCUACAGUGAGUUCCUUGGUAUCCUGGAGGAGGAGAAGGCUCGUCUGCUCUCUGACUCCAGCAGCGCACAUCGAUCAUCAUCUCGCCUCCCUUCCUCCCCUUGCACCUCUUCUCACCCCUUCCCCACCUGUCAUCAUGGCCCCCUUCGCCCCUAA